AUGUCUCAUUUUCAAAUAUUGACUUUGCCAGAGAUUCUGCACUUCCAAGUACUGCCUGACGAACAACAUUUUGGCGCUCAGGUGGAACUUUUAAUCACAGAGGUACAACUUUUUAUAUCGUUUCAUUCUACAGCACAGUUGAAAUGUAAUAAUCAUGUUUUUAUAAUAUCUAUCAAUAUUUUCUAUAGGGUUACCUGGACAUUCUUCUUGCCUUUGGUAGACCUCGCAACGUUGAAUGAAGGAGCAUUUGGAAAUUGUGAGACAAAGAGUUAUUUUGAUGACAACGUUAUCAAAUACUGUACCGAUUGCAGCUAUCUCAACUUGACAGAUGUGCCGAAGAAUCUCCCACUAAACAUCACUUGUUUAAACAUGAUUGGAAACAAAAUGACUCAAGUCAAUAGAACAUCAUUGCAAAGGUAUAGAAAUUUAAAAGAAUUGUCGUUUGCUAGAAAUAUCAUUGAUACACUGAGUGAGGGGGAUUUUGAUGGACUCCCAAAGUUAGAAAUGCUUGAUUUAAGUUUAAACUGUAUAAGAUAUAACAACAUACAUGCUGAUGUUUUUAAACUGCUUCGCUCACUUAUCUUCCUCGAUAUCAAACAAAGUUUGUCUAAUAUCAAGACAAGUGAACAUUACCCGGAAGCAUUGAAAUAUCUAACUAAUCUUCAAACGCUGGUGAUCGACGGGCUAGGGACACAUGUAUUGCCCAAAUUACCACAUUUGACCGAAUUAUAUAUGUCGGGGGAAUAUGGCAGAUGCAACAUUCCACAUAUCAGCGGAUAUUUAUUUGAAAAUAUAAUGAAUGUUCAAAACAUAUUUUUAUCUAACUGUUCAAUCAAAAAGGUCGACUUUGACAGCUUUAAAUCAUUACAGAAGAUAACUUCUCUUGAUAUGUCAUGGAAUAUAAAUCUUGGCAUGGAAUCUGUACCUAACAUUACCAGCGGACUUGCAGGAAGCCAGACAUUGAAAAAACUAAAUCUAAAUACUUUAUAUGAUCAUUCUGUAUUUGAUUUUUGCUCUUCACUAACUAUAAGUUUUGUAAAACACUUAUCAAACACAUCGCUUGAGCUUUUAACAAUAGAAAAUAACAACAUCGUUCGCAUAGAUAUCCCCUCUGUUGCUCAUUGGCCAAAGUCCAUAAAGUAUAUUUCUGUUCAACAUAACAUGUUUCUAUAUGGCAAUUAUACUCCACUCCUUAUACUUAGUGGAGUCUUAAACAAUUUGAUUUAUGUUGAUAUAAGUCGAAUGUCAGCAUCUAAUCGCCCUUUACAAGAUUAUAAUGUUGCUAGAAUGAAGCCUCUUUUUCAGAGAUCAACACCACAAAUAAAAAUUGCUAGUGAUUUUAUCUCUAUAUGCGAAUUGAUGUUUACACGUUAUCAAGUUUCUGACUAUUUCCAGGUGAUUGAAAAUAGAUUAAAACAAAAUAAUAUUGACUGUGAUGAUACUAUUCUUGAGAACAAAACGAUAACUCUUUCAUCAAGUAAACUUGAAUAUCUUGACAUGACUGAAAAUCUUCCGGUUUUGAUUGAACGAAUGUUUGAAGUAUUUCCUCAUGUUCCAAAUUUGAAAGUUUUGAACGUAUCGAAAAAUUAUCUUGGUUAUCCGCUAUAUAAUAACACGGAUAUAAUUGGACAACUGAAGAAUAUUCGUUCACUUGAUCUUAGUGGUAAUCGAAUUAUUCAUCUAAAUCCAGACAUAUUCAACAAUCUCACAAAACUUGAAAAUCUAUAUUUGUCACAUAAUUUGAUAAGCAAUAUAUCAUUUGAUCUCAGAUAUGCGAAGAAUCUUUCUUUUCUUGAUCUUGAAUACAACAAUUUAGAAUCUAUUGACAAAGUAACUUUGGAGACGCUUGAUGAAUUACCAAAUAUAGUUAUAAAUAUUGCUAAUAACAACCUGAAAUGUUCAUGUGUACACAUUAACUUCUUCCUUUGGGUUGAAAGAAACAAGCACAAAUUACUACACAUAGAAGACACUAUGUGUACCUUUGAAAAUUCCUCAACUAUAUCUAUUGCAAACAUUGAUUAUGAACGCCUUCGCUCUCAAUGCUCAAAUUAUCUUGUAAUAAUUACAGUUUCAAUAACGUUAUUUCUCAUCAUUGUAGUAACAGUGGUGACUGUUCUCAUUCGCAAAUAUAUAAGAAGAAUUCAUGAUUAUUUUAAAAGAAUUCGAACCAUUAUCCCGCCUGAUUACCAAGAACUUCAUGAUUCAGAUAAUAGAAUACCUAUUAAAGUUAUCUAUUCAGAGGAUGACAAUUAUUUCGUAAAGAAAAAUAUUCUGGAUACACUUGUUGACGACACAGAAUUCUUAUUAUUAACUUCAGAAGGAGAAACUGGUUUAAAUCUUUACAAAAUAGGUGAAGCGAUUUAUAGGUCACGAGUUAUUCUAAUUGUUUUAACAAAAAAUUAUGAUGAACCUUUGUAUGCAUAUACAAUCAAUAUGGCUAUAAUGAGUCAGAUUGAGGCAGGCAGCAGAAAGGAAUUGAAAAAAAUUUUUGUUAUUCAAAAAGAUGAGUCUGAUGUCACUCCUUGCUACUUAAACUCAGAAAUUUCACAUCCAAUUUAUCUCUAUACAAAUUUGGAAGCUUUUACGUCAUUUCUAAACACAGAAGUCAAAAAUUGAUUAUAUCACCUUGAAUAUAAACAAAAUUGUUUAAAACUAUUUGCAUUGAAUCUCGUCUUUAGAAAUUGAUCAACUUUUCAAACAUUAUUUAGUAUAUACAUCAUGCGCGAACUCAAAAGUGGAAUAUCUGAAAGGAUAAUGUGAUAAAAUUGAUAAAUCUUCUUGUCUAAAAGCUCUAGGAUUUAGAUUUUGCAAGUCUUCGGAAGGGUUCCAUAAUAAGAAAUAAAAUAUGUAAAGAAACAUACUCUAAAUCUUGCUAAGUGUUAUUGAAUUGGCAUUCCCCCUCAACGUUGGUCUAGUACAUGUCCUA